UGAUAGACCGUUAUUUACACAUGUUUUUACCCCUGUUCUUACACCGUUUGAGGUGUUGAUUCUCGUGUUUUAGGCCGAUUUCACGCUAGGUUGUGCUUGUUUGUGAUAUUUCAGGACCUAGUACGUGAAUGGAGGCUUGGGAGCGAGUUUGGGGUCGAUUGGACGAAGAUUGGACGAAUGGCGAGGGUUCAAGGAAGCCACACGGGCAGACCGUGGAAUCACACGGCCGUGCAAGUGACAAGCCAGGCCGUGUGGGAUUGUGCGAGAGCAAACACGGGCAACCCUGGCUUUCACACGGCCGUGCCAGUGAGCAAAGUGGCCGUGUGAUUUUUGCCGAG